UCAUCCACCCUGCUUUCAUUUCGCAGAUCCAAAGACAGCAUGUACCACGCUUUGACCUACGCCACUAUUUUAGAAAUGAAGGCCAUGAUGACCUUCGACCCCCAACACAUUCUGAGUGCGGGCAGUACUAUGAAAGAGGCGCAGACUCUUUGCCAGCGAUACAGAAGGAAGUCAAGCUUCUCAAAAAGCUUCACAGAAGAGGAACUGCAUGCCGAGGUCUGCUAUGCUGAAUGUCUCCUGCAGAGGGCAGCACUCACCUUCCUUCAGGAUGAAAACAUGAUUAGCUUCAUCAAAGGAGGCAUAAAAGUGAGGAACAGCUACCAGACAUACAAAGAGCUCCACACCGUCCUGAAGUCGACUGGAUACACCCACGGCGACAAUCACGGCCAUUUUGAGGGCGGCGUAAAACUGGGAGUCGGGGCCUUCAAUCUAAUGAUCUCCAUGCUGCCCACGCGUACGCUCAAGCUGCUGGAGUUUGUAGGAUUCUCCGGUAAUAAGGAGUUUGGACUUCAACAGCUUCAGGAAGGCUCUACAGAAAGCACCUUCAGGUCGUUCCUGUGCAAUAUGCUCCUGCUGUGUUAUCACACAUUCAUGAGCUUCAUAUUGGGCACUGGGGAAGGAGACGUUGAAGAUGCAGAGAGACUUUUGCAACCAUACCUGAAAAAAUACCCCAAGGGAUCCAUCUUUUUGUUCUUUGCUGGUCGAAUAGAGGAGAUUAAAGGCAACCUGGAUAAUGCCAUCAAGCUCUUUGAGGAGUGCUGUGAGGCUCAGCAGCAGUGGAAACAGUUUCACCACAUGUGCUACUGGGAGCUGAUGUGGUGCUUCACGUACAAGAGGCACUGGAAGAUGGCCUACUUCUACGCUGACCUGCUUAGCAAGGAGAACUCGUGGUCCAAGGCCACAUAUGCUUUUAUGAAAGCAGCCUAUCUCAGCAUGCUGACUGACGAUGACUGCCUUACCUUUGGGGAGAGCGCGCUAACUCUUUUCAGGCAGGUCCCUGGACUGAAACAGAAAAUUGCAGGAAAAUCUUUGCCAACAGAGAAGUUUGCGAUCAGGAAAGCCCGCCGCUACUUUGGGGAAAAUCCAGUUCCUCUCCCAGCUGCUCCACUGGAGAUGAUGUACAUCUGGAACGGCUACACAGUCAUUGGAAAACACAAAGACCUGACUGAGGGCAUGCUGAAAACCCUGGAUGAAGCCCAGGCAACACUUGAAAGCUUUCCAAGGACUGAAUACACCAUAGACGAUCAGUGUCUGUUGAGCCUGUUGAAGGGCCUUUGUCUCAAACACCUGGGUCACCGAGAGGAGGCUGAACACUACUUUACCCUUGUCCUCUGCAAUGAGACUCAGAUAAAAUAUGACCACUACCUGGUUCCUAAUGCCCUACUUGAGCACGGUCUGCUGUGCCUGGAGCAGGGGAGAAGAGACGAAGCUAUUAAACUUCUAGAAACGGCAAAGCACAAUUACAAAAACUACUCCAUGGAGUCACGGACGCACUUCCGUAUCCAGGCUGCUUUGCACAAAGCUAAGGGAACUGGGGAGAAUGGCGUCCAUGUUCCUUCCAGUCCAUAACGGGCAGAGGAGGGCACACCAGCGCAGUGACAGCUUUCUGCUUCUGCAACCCCACAGUGCAACAUCCAGCCCGACCAGCUGCAGCCCGUUUGGGCUGAAGUGUUUAUUUUAUUUGUUCAUCAAAUCUGGAGGCAGUUGUUUAUUUUCUUGUUGUUGAUUUUUGGUGUUAUGUGUCAAAUUAGCGUGGACAUCUGCAUCUCUGACUGGCCUUAAUUGACUUCAUCUGGUUUCUUCAUCCUCUUUUUAGAGAAAUAUCACAUGGAGCUUCACAUACUGAUCUGACUUGUAAUAGAAGCGAGUUUGGAAGUGGGUCAUGUGUUUAUAAAAUGCUGUAGUCUUCCAUCAUGGCUGCUCACUUAAAAACAUAAAGAGUGGCAAACAAAGUCAAAUUUGUGUGGUAUACAAGCUUUCCCCCCACCAUCAUAUAGUGUACAUAUGCAUAUUCCAAAAGGUUUUUAUUAUGGUAAGACGUAAUUAUUUGUUAAAAGAUUCCCAAAAUAUAUUCAUGGACAUAUAUUUUGCUAUGUAUAAAAAUUCAGAGCCAACUUGACCAAAUUUUUUAAAAUCCUUUUUUAAUAGUUUUUUUGUAUGCAUAAUUAUUGGUUCACUGUGUUUUCCAGAAUGAAGGAGCCUUUUAUUUUAAAUUUCAGGGGGGUUUUCAGUUAUUUGAAUCACGUCAAAUAGAGGUUGGUAAGAAUUUAUAUUAGUUGACUCAUUCAGUCUUUUUUUGAGACAUGAAACUGAAGGUAUCAGUUCUGAAAGCCUCAAUUUUCUUUUUGUGCAGACCAAAUAACUCAACUCUCCAAAGUCAAAAUGCCAGCAAGACUUGCAGAUGUUCUGUAGAUUUACCUACUGUAAGCUGCACCUUUGUACACAGAUUGUCCUGUUUUAAGAGGACAGAUAAACAUGUCUUUUAGAAAGGCAGACUCCCUCUUUGUUGCCUCCUGGCGUGUGGGACUGGUUCCAGGGCUACUUGAGCUUGAACAAACCGGCCUUUCAAAGUGAUCAGGGCUGUUUGCUUGUCCGCCUGCUGCAUCCUUUUACAAGUUGAAGGAAACUCUUAUUCACCACAAACCACUACAACCUUUACAGAUUGCAAGAAUUAUCUGUUGACUCCCCUCACAGCAAAAAGUCCAGUGUUAAUUUAACUUUGAAGAGUGUGGAC